AUGUUUGCCCUCACUACCCUCCUUACCCUCUUCUCAGCAACUCUCGUAGUUGCUACUCCUGUUACAAAAGAGGAAAAGUUCAGCGAGUGGCUUGGAGGAGAAGUUCUUAAGAAGUGCACCGCAGCAGGAGACUGCGAAGAGCAACUACUUAACAAUCCUUACUGGGUACAGGCGAACAAACCUGGACACCAGAAGCGCGACUACGACUGCCACAACGCUGGUAUGCAUGUUGUUGUUACCAGUGGAAGCAGCUUCGUCAAAUUUGGUUCUACGAACCCUUACGACCUGUUUCAUCAUGUUUACGACUUGUGUCAUGAGGGUGGCUGCGACAGUGGCAGUGACUAUUCUGUGAGCACCAAGUAUACCACGGCAUUGGGACUCUAUUCCACAAAUAUCAAGGUUUCCUCGCAGGGUGUGUACUCCGGUUGGGAUAUACGUAAUGCCCUAGCCGACGCCUUGGCCGACGCAUCUUCAAAGAAUCAAGUCUGGUCGAAUGAGGUGUACUGCCCCAGUGGAGGCCGAGCUUGUUCUUUUGGGAGGGCCUGGCAGGGUUGGGCGCCCAACUUCCAGCAGUCAGCUCUUUACAAUGGUUGUUCUCAGUAUGGUUGGAUGAAUGCCAAGACGGAUGGGCUUACUGGAGUGACUUCAAACGGAGCCUGUAAGGAUAUCUUGUCGAACCUUGGAGGUCUUGUGGGUGCUCAGGUUCCUUGGGCAGGUGCACUUAUUCCCAUUCUUGGUUGGUUUUGUAACUAG